AUGGAGCCACCAGAAAAACCUGGACAUCCUGGUCUUGUCACCGGAGCUCAGAAAUCGGCGAAAGACUCCGGUACUCGUAACAAAAUGAUGUUGCCUUCAAGUGUCGCAAAUCAAAGUUAUAGUGUGUCUGCUUCCUCGCCAGCACCUGCUUCAACAUCGAUACCUUCAUCUGAGGGAAGUUUAGUGCCAAGUGAAGCAGCCGAUGGUGGUGGCACACAUGAGAGUCAUGAUGCCAUCAAUGUGGACAGUGAUGUUGAGCAACAACCUGUUACCAAGAAGGCAAAGAAAACCACAUCUGAAGUGUGGCAAUACUUCACUAAGUAUUGGGCGACAGUGGAGUAUAAAGAAAGGACAGCAGCAGCUCACAACAAAAAAAAAAAUAAUGAGACAGGCAUUGCAACAGUCCAAUCCUAUAAAUAUGAUCAAGAAGCUAGCUUGAGGAAGUUCUAUGAGGCAAUGAUUGUUCAUGAGUAUCCUUUCAACAUGGUUGAGCAUGAGUUUGUUCAAGAAUGGGUCAAAUCCAUGCGUCCAAAUUAUCCUCUCAAGUCUCGUGUCACUGUUAGAAAGGAAAUCAUGGAGUGUUAUUCGGCUGAAAGAGAUAAGUUGUAUGAAUACUUCAAAACCAUUCAAAGCCGGUUUAGUGCAACGAUGGAUAUGUGGACAUCCAACCAGAAUAAGGGUUAUAUGUGUGUCACCCUUCAUUGGGUUGAUGAUGAUUGGAAAAUUCAGAAGAGGAUUAUCAAUUUCCUCCAUGUUGAAGGGCGACACACCGGUGAGAGGUUGUCUUAUACGGAUACCACUAUUUGUGGAAUGGCAAAUGCUAUGAGUGUCAAGUUUGAUAAGUACUGGAAGAAGUCUAAUAUUGCAAUUGCUGUAGCAAACGUUCUUGAUCCUAGGUUCAAGAGAAGAAUUGUAGAAUUUUACUUGCGAAAGUUCUAUAAUAAUUCCUACCAAGCUGAACUUGAAAAAUUCAAUGGUAUCAUAAGGAAGAUGUUUCAAUGCUAUGUUUCUGUUGCACCUUCUUCUUCAAAGAGCAAUAAAGAAGUUGAAGAACCAUUGGCAGAUCUAUUUAUGGGAAGCAACAACAUAGAUGAUGAGCUUGAUAACUACCUAUUUGAAAGUGACUCAUAUGAUGCUGAUGGAGAGUUCAGUGAAUUGGAAAGGUACUUAGCAGAACCACCAUUGAAGACCACUAAAGCCAACCAGAACAUGUUUGACAUUUUAGCAUGGUGGAAAUCUCAUAAGGAAGAGUAUCCUGUCCUGUCCCGACUUACUCGUGAUGUGUUGACAAUUCAAGUUUCAACCGUUGCAUCUGAAUCUGCAUUUAGUGCUGGUGGUCGUGUCAUUGAUCCAUAUCGCAGCCGGCUUGAUCCUGACAUGGUACAAGCUCUUGUUUGCACUAAGGACUGGAUAAUAGCUACUAGAAAAGGUUCUAAGAAUGUUUCUUCGCUGCCUGGUGACCUUGAUGUUCUUGAAGCCAUUAAGAAUAAUCUAAUGUUUGAGGAUGAAUUCUCAGAAAUGGGACGUGAUGACGAUGUGGCAAUUGAUAAUGAUGAUUUGCCUGAGAUUCAGUUGUAG